AUAGAGCGCGAAGUCGUUGCGAAUACCUUGAGAGUCACUCUACGUACACUCGAUUCCGAUCAAAAUAUUUUGGAUUCGAUGGUCGAACGUCACGAGUACGAUUUCAGAGAUCAUUCGAUCUAAUAGCUGCGCUGAAAUGUCUCCGUCAAUACGUAGUCCUACGAUUUUGCUAUUCCUUUUACUUUACGCGAAUAAUACGAUUUGCUGGAAUAUCCUGGAAACCUCGGAGAUCCUGGACCAAUUGCAAGAUAUCGAUUUAUCACGAAAUCGACGGAAUUCCGAAGAUGAAUCGCCGAUUUGGAUGGAGUACGAGUUCGGUACUGGUGUUGGAAAUAGAGAAGAUCUCGUCGUGUCGAACAUUUCUGUCCACCGGUAUCCAAAAUUACCAGAAACAGCGACAGACUGGCAAUUUCUAGAUGUAAAUGGCACCAAUUACCUAUUCCGAACUGAAAAGUCUACACUUUUCUUUUACAAAUUCGAUUCGGAGAAGCCUGCAGUCGACGAUCCAGUGAAUCUGCAUGUAGACGGUGCUAUAUUAACGUUCAAAGUGAUCAGUCUUCGUUCCGAGUUCGACAUAGUGGCCGUUUUGUGCGUGGAAUCGGCUAAUGGAACUUUGUUACGAUGGUACAAGCUCGUAGAUGGAAAUUCCUUUGAGUUCUUUUGGUCGUGGCCCAUACAGAAACGUAUAAAGGAUAUAACGUUCAUCCAACACGAAGAGCCGUAUAAAAUAUUGCUGUUGAAUGACAACGACAUGCAUAUCGGGCCCCAAUAUUCGUUCAUCGACGUCUAUGGCUUCAACAUCGAGUUGGCGACCGAUACUUUCCACUUUUGGCUUCAUCAUCGAUCUUUCGUGCCAAGCGCACUCGAUAUUCAGGUGUGCUCCGUUUACGAAAAUAUUUUGCUCGCUGUUCAAACCGCGAACGACGUCUUACUCUACGAAUAUAGAAAUACCAUGGAGACAAAUAUCUUCCAGAACGUGCAGACUAUAAAGUCGCAAGAUUUACAGAACUUCGUCUGUUUCGAAAGUGGAUAUCUGCAGUUUUUGGCGAUUUCUGGACCGGAAGCCGGUCUCUUUCACUCUGUGAACGGGGAGUUCCAAUUCAAUACAGACUCUGAAUUCGAUGUGUCGGAGAUCACGUGGGUCGGAAGCAUAAGAUUGGACACGUAUAGAGACGAAUCGUUGCUGUUGAUUCAAUUAAAAAAUUCCACCGUGUCCGCGCUAGCCUGGCAGGGCUUGAGUUUCAAAAAGAUUCAGUUACCCAACAACAUUCUCGAUCGUUUCGACCUUUCAAAGAUUACGCCACUUCCAAAGUACGGAUUCAUCUUUGGCAAUCGAUUCGUGAAACUCCAUACGGAGUUGAAAAGUGUGAAACAUCCGAUUCAGUACACCACCGAGAGGCUACUGAUCUUGCAACGUUUGUUAAAUGAUACACUGAACCACCAGGAGAAAAUUCUAGAUGAAACAGAGGCACGUCUUAACAAGAGUUAUUUGGUGAAUCCUGUGGUCACUGGAUUCUGGAAUCUUAGCAUAGUAAACGCGACAAAUGCUACUAUAUCCGACAACGUGAUCUAUCAGUCGGUCACGUUAGGUGCUACGAAUUUAACGAAUGAAGACCUGGCAUUCGAUACGAACAAAUUCGAGGAUAAACUGAAAAGUGUACAAGAAAAACUCGAUAAAAUCGAUGCGAAACUGACGAGCGUUGUAGAUUCUAAUUCGGGAGAAUUGCGUCUCGAUUCGGACGUAGAAAUAUUUGGAAAUAUUAACGUUACUGGCAACCUGUACGUCAGAAACUUAACAGCACUGUCUAUCAAUGACUUCAAUAUCACGACUGAUUCCGACUCUAGUGGAGAGUACCAUGUAAUUGGAGGGAACAAGAAGUUGGAUUCCAUUCAAGCUGAAAAUCUGACAGUACAUACGGUGAAUGGUAUUCCCAUAGAGAAUAUUCGUUUCGGUGACGUCAUGGAGGAUUAUAGUCACGUGGAUUUUUCUCGAAUAAAUCGAGCCGAGAUAGAUGGACACCUUUCAUUCUCUACGAUCAAUGGGAUUGAUUGGAAGACAUUGAUGAAGAACAUUGUGUGGAAAGACAAGUCGAUGUUCAUUCCUGGGGAUACUGUUAUCGAAGGGACGCUGAGCUCGGAUAUCUUCAAGUUGGUCAUAGUGAACGAUCUCUUCUAUCCGGAAGACUAUGUCCUGAUGAGUAGUACCACUCCUGUCAUCGUGACCGGUAGAAAAUCGUUCGAUUUUGUGCUAACGACGGAAUUAGGAAACGUGACCACUCUAAACGGCGUGGAUUUCCAGGACUACGUAAUUUUGAAUAAGGAAAAUGUUCUAAAGAAAGAGAUGACCUUUGAGAAUCUAACGAUCGAUGGAGAGCUGAGGAUAGACGGUGAUGUAACGGGAUUAAACAUGACAGAAAAUAAAUUGCUGAACGAAACUUGCAAUAUUUCAUCGGAUAUCAUGUUCUUGAAUUUGAAUGUUUUGGGGAACGUUACGUACGACACGCUGUUCAUGAACAAACGUCCAUUGAAUUUAGGGGAUUUGUUGCUGAGAACCGAUAAGGAAGUUGAAAUUACUGGAACUAAGACGUUUUUAAAUAACGUUGCAAUGAAAUCCAACGUUACCAUUACAUCUGGCAUGGUGAAUGGACAUUUACUGGACGAAUUUGCAACUACAGACACUGACCAAGUGUUUCCAAAUUUAAUAGAGAUAUUGCCGAAUGUCACUUUUGGAAAUGUGACGUUUGGAGCCACGAAGAAAUUAGAAGAUUUUUUGAAGCAGAAUACGAACUCCAGUGGUUGUUUGGAUAAAGCAGUUGUGUUUAAAUCUCCAAUUACCGUAGACGAAUUGUUUUUCGACACGUUAAACGGUAACAUAUCGUACGAAGUUUUCAAUGAAAGAGUAAACGAAACGUUUCGGAACGUUAGUUUGGAGAAUUUAAUCGCGGAGACUGUGUUCGCGGACGAAAUAACGUCAAAGGUUAUCAAUGGUCUCGAUUUCGAUGAUUUCGUGAAAAAUGCCACGUCCGCGAAUAUUAUCGACGAAUACAUCACUGAUCGUUUGGAAGCCGAUCGCCUAAACGUGUCAUUUAUCAAUGGAAUGUCGAUCGACGAGAUCAAGAUGCUGCAAGAUAAACUAGAUGACAUCCUGCAUAACAUUCGCAAUGGAAACGUGACUCUGGACUCUCUGCAAGUUACAGGAAUGAUCACGACGAAUUUACUUAACGGAAAAGUCUUCACAGACUUGUACAACGAAGAUGAAAUCGAUACUGUGAUUUUCAAGGAAGAUGUUUCCAUACAGAAUCUCACGAUUUUGGGUCUACUGAAUGGCUUCAAUUUCACGGAACUCGUGCUUGACACUGUUUUAAAAACCGAUACGAAUAUAACAAUCGACGGGUUUAAAGUAUUCGAUAGAAUCAAUUGCGAUGAACUGCACACCUCCUUUUUGAAUGGACGUCCCAUAGAGAACCUGCUAGAUCCAUUCAAGGACCAGGUGCUCACGGGUCCCGUUGUCGUAAAUGGUACCGUGACAGUUCUUAAGGAAUUCAAUACAAGCGGGAACAUUGGCGAUGUACCAUUUUACGAUCUAAUGAACAGAUUCAAAUCUUUGGGAAACAAUACUUACGAGUUGCACGGCAAUGUUCGUUUCCCUGAAAAUACAACGAUAGAAAAUCUGCAUAUUGAUGGAUUGAUUUAUGGGAGAAAUUUCGAUAGCUUCUUAAAUUCGGUAGUUUUCAUAAACGAGGACAACGUCACGAUUUCUGGCACGAAAGUGUUCAAGAACUCCAUUACCUUUAACGACGAAUUCACCGUGCGUGAUAAAUUGAAUGACGUGGAUUUGAAAAGAUUUCAGGAAAAAGCUAUUUUUAUCAACAAGCCGUUCUCUGUUAAAUCGAAAAUUAUUUUUAAGAAUGGUAUAAAGGUGAAAAAGAAUGUUCAAGUUGGGACAAAAUUCGAAACGAAAUCCAUUAUGGGAAUAGACGUGAACGACUUGAAGUAUAACAUUCUCUAUCUCAACAGGCCCAAUCAUAUCGAGGUGCCUCUCACAUUCACUAAUGUGAUUUUCGAGUCUAACGUACAAGUGGAAAAGUUCAACGAUUUGGACAUGAAAUUAUUAAUACCAUUACACACCGAUCAAAUGAUACCUGUACCUGCUCUGAACUGCCGUAAUGUCACCGUGGAGAAACUCCAGAUUUUAGGGAGAGUCAACGAGCAAAAUUUACAAGAGAUUCAAGACACCACAUUCAUGAUGACUGGUGAUCAGGACAUAACAGGACAUUUCAAUUUUCGCGGUAAGGUUCAUAUUCACCACGAUUUCAAUCCGCGAUUUAUCAAUGGUAUCGACACCACUACGUUUAUACCUUUGAAUUCGAGAAGUCCCAUAGUCGGUAACUUUGUGUUUGAAUCGCCGGUGUAUUUUAACAAAAGUCUUCGAGUGUUGAGCUACUUGAAUGGAAUAGAUCCAUCCAGAUGGAAAGCAGUGGCUGUUACAUCCAACGAUCCGUUACAACAGUUUAUUUCUGGUAAAUGGACCGUGUUUGGCAACGUGUAUUUCAAGAAAGGGUCAUCGGGUAGUGACAUCUUAAAUGGCAUAAACGUCACAGAUGUGUCAAACACUCUAGCUAAACGACAUUUGGAAAUGGACGCCAUAUUGGACGAGAAGAACGAGAAUCUGGAUUCCGUGUGUGAAGAUUUAACCGAGUUGAAACGCUACGCAGAGAAACAAAUUUAUCAGUUCAAUGCAUUCGACUAUCUCCAAAGUAUCAAAUUCGACAAUAUACUGGUUAGUGCUUACCAUUUCGAGUUGGACGAUUUAGAUUACUUAUUGUUAAGUUACAACACGUGUCAACUGCACACGUUCUUGUUUACCGGGACAAAAUUCGAGUUGAUCGGGAAUGUGUCUGACUUUGGAGUGGUCGAACAAUGGACCACUUUCAGACACUAUCAGGUUUUGUAUUUCCUCACCUCGGGAAGAAGCUCUUGUGGAAGAAGCCCUGUCAACUUGUGGAUGCUGAAGAACAACGAAUUUCAGCACGUUCUAGAUCUUGGGCAUAAUAUAGAUAGCAGAAAGGUAAAUCAGGAUGUAUUCUUGAUGUUAAUUAAUAACAGGGAACAAUUGCGAUCAUCUGGAAGGAUAAUCGAGGAAUUGGAGAAGUCUCUUUCGCCUGUGGCAGACGAUGAUGACAUGCAAAUCGUUUUGCAGACAGAUCAAAUGCUGUUAUCCAGCAAACACGGUAUUUAUGAGUAUAACAUUAAUCGUUCUAGCAACUCGAGUCUCAGAAAGUCCAGUCGGAAGCCUGAAAUCCUGAAUUUCGAAGCUGGUUUUCUCCAGAAGGAAAUGUUUUUGUAUUACGACAAAGAAGUCAGCAAGAAUCGCAUAUUUAUCGGUAAUAAUGAUGGGAACCAGAAGAAAAUCCUACAAACCAUAAAGGCGCACAGACCAACGUCCUUUGUGAUACUUAAUUUCGAUGGGGCAAUUGAGACACUGCUCGUUUUCAUCGAGAACAAAAGAAAACUUCGUAUCUACGAGUAUAAAGGAAUCCAAGGCUUCGUGUAUAAGGAUAUUAUAAAAAUGAAUGUCGAUAAUUUAUUUAGUUUCAAAAUUCGAAAAUAUCCCAACAUGGCGAAACGAUAUUGUCUCGCCUUGUUUCGCGAAAAUAAACUAACAAUUUUAGAAGCACUAAUGUACGGCGAAAAAUUAGAUAUGGGGCCGUUAACGUGCUGAGA